GAAAAAAGUUUACUGCAGUACUUUAUUGAUGCUAUAGGUCCAACGUGUAUUUGCUUUCCUACUCCUCCGAGCACGAACUUAUCGAUCAACACCAGCACAUUAACUUCUAGUCAUUCCAAAGCCAACCCCUAUUUACAUCUAAUUGUUCCGCUGGCUUUCCAAUCGCAAGUCGUUAUGGACGCUUUAAUUGCCGCAAGUGCUCAUCAAUUGUUCAUAUUGGGCAAUAGCAAGUAUGAGCAACUUUCAGAUAGGUACUCCGAAAGAACAAUAGAACAGCUUUCCAAUACACUCAGACAAAAACAACGGUCACAGUGCACUGACUGGGACGAUUUUCUAGCGGCAGUAUUAAUGCUAUGUUUCAAAGAAAUUUCUUCAAAUCGUGACUAUAGAUCAUGGGUAUCAUACUUAAAUUGUGCAAAAUUUUUUCUCAAAAAGUUCAACUCCCAGAGAACAUUUAGUCCCCUAUAUAAGUUUUUUGCCAGAUACUUUAUUAUACAUGAGGUGAUUGGAGGAACCGCAUGGCUUCAAAAAAAAGUAGACGGAGACGAAUUUGAUCACUUCGCUCACGAUACUGUAAUCGACCUGGUAUUUGGCUGCUGUCCCUAUUUGAUCACUCUAAUUGAUAAAAUUUCAAAUUUGGGGCGUUGCUACGAAGAUUUGGAGUUAGAACCGAUAAAUACUAGAAAGGAGUUCGAACAUUAUAUUCUCAUACAAAGAAAUGAACUCCAGUCAGAAAUUGAGGGCCUCGAUCAGAGGAUCCAACUUUUCCCAGAGAUUAAUAGCCUGUCUGAAAAUUGCAUCAAAACUAUUGCUGAAAUCAAACGACUGUCAACGUUACUUUAUUUGUUUGCAAGGGUAGAUCUCGAGACAUUGUAUUACAAUAAUGGCCGAGCCACAAACUAUUUCAUAGAGAAAGAGCGGUGUAUGAAUAAAGUCAAAUCCAGGCUUGUAAGUUUAUUCAAAAAUCUCCCUGAAUGUCCGAUGUCAUUAUUAUGGCCUUUAUUCGUUUUGGGUCUCGUUGCUACAACAGAUGAUGACGAGAGAUGGUUUGUUCUAGAUAAACUUGUUUAUUUGCAAAAGGCUAGAGAAUUAGGAAAUGUUAAAACAGCUAAAGAUGUGGUUUUAAAAAUUUGGAAAGAACGUGAUUUGGGACUAAUUUCUUUCAGAUGGAAAGAGAUGAUCAAGGGCAAAACAGAGUCGCUAAGCUUAGCU